UAAAUAACUACAUUUCAUUGUUAAUUGAAUUGAUUACAUUGGAAAAAUUAUUGCAGCAUCAAAUUAUCUUGGUGAUAUUUAUCUAAAAAUAUUGAAAAUUUUCUAAUCAGUGUAUUAAUUAAAUCAUCACCGAUAAAAAAAUGUGCAAGUCGUUGUCAACAAAAAUGUAUCUUGCUAAAUUUGCUAUACUAUUUACCUAUUGUUGGACUUCAAUCAGUGCGACCAAUAUUUACGAACAGUUAUCCAUUGAAGCCGACCUCACAAAAUUCAAAGAAGUGGUAGACAGGGAUCCAGUAAUGCAGCUAUUCUUGAAGCACAAGUCAGCGACACUGUUUGCUCCGACCAACAGUGCCAUCGAAAAACUACAGACUAAAAGUUUGCGCCGGGAGGUACUGGACAAAUUGGCAUCUUAUCAUAUUGUGGGUGUUGUGGUGAAGAAGGACUCGUUUCCCUAUAGUGUCAGUUCAUCACUACAAGAGGCGGCCCCUCUCUACCUAAGCUUUAAGGAGCGUUCAUCUGUUGGUCAUCACGAGUACUUCCAUCAGGACAGCAAAGAGUUCUUUGUCAACAACGCUAAGAUCGUUAAAGAGAUCUCAUUGAAGGCUAUCAAUGGAGAUGAACAGCUCCUGUAUAUCAUUGAUGAGGCACUCGAACCAUUCAUACCGUCGACACCAUUGCCACCAUUUGCUUUGGAACUCAUAAGUCAGCCUUCUAUCUAUAGCAUUGAUGAGCGAUGGGAUAGCUAUUACAAUAAGAUCACCAGUAAUAGCCAGGAGGCCAUCUUUGAAAGACCCGGUAAUCAUACUUUUUUUGUGCCCAUGCAAGAUGUCCGACCGGAUCUGUUUGACAAAUAUGUCGUAUUGGGACACGUCAUACCAAAUCAUGUAUUGUUUCUCAACGUAAUGGGCAAAGAGUCGUACCGAUCGUCAGCCAGCGAUCAAAUUGUAAAUGUGGAACUGUCUCUCAUUAACAGAACCCUUAGGAUUAAUCCGGAACAGACAUACUAUGUCCAGUCAAACACUAUUAAAGCUGAUCCCAAACACAAUAAGGGUGUAGUCAUUAGUCGCGUCCUGAGAGCCAACAUACCUGUCAAGAAUGGUGUCGUUCAUCUGAUCGAAAAGCCUUUGAUGAUAAUCGACACGUCUAUCAUUGAUUUCUUAAGUCAAGAAAGAGACGGUCGAUUGAAGACAUUCAACCGAUUGCUAGAUAUGGUUCCCGAAAUCCGGUCGGAAAUUGCCGGACUCGACCAGAAGACAGUGUUAGCGCCGACAGAUGCGGCGUUUAAUAAUCUGAAUGAAAACGAAGAGGACGACAAACUAAAGUAUCUGAUGGACAAUCCGGACCAAUUGAGACAAAUAUUGCAACUCCAUGUCGUGCCGAGACAGUCGGUCUCCACUGAAGACAUUCGCAGAGGAACCAAACCAGAGGUCGUGUCUCUCGACAACAACAAGAAUCUUCAUUUCCGAGUGUCUGGCGAUGACGCUCACACCCGGAUGACGGUUGAGGGCGGCGGUGUCAACGCUACGGCUGUUCAGGCAGAUAUUGGUGCAACCAAUGGUAUCAUUCACAUCAUCGACCGGGUACUCGGUAUGCCUUUCCAAAACAUUUUCGACAAACUCAAGAGCGAUCCCCAACUGUCCUUCUCAUUCGAGUUGGGUCGACAGGGAAACCAAAACUGGAACGAACAGCUGCUAAGAGAAGACAGACGAUUCACGUAUUUCGUGCCAUCCAAUGAUGCCUGGGAUCAGUUCAAAAGGGAGAACCCAUCGGAGUAUAAACAGUUAGAAAUGAAAUUAUUUCCAUCAAACACCAGAAAUGUAUUAGACAGACAUUUAGUGGUCGGCCAACAGAUCUCAUCGCAACAAUUGGAAACACAAUUUGAAACAAUACACACCGUUAAGGGAGUACUCAAAGUGGCCAAAGGUCAGGUUGGCUUCGGUAAUCUAUACAUUGAAUGGGAGGGUCGACGGGCCCGUAUCGUACGAUCCGACGUCCAGGCCAUCAAUGGUGUGAUUCAUGUCAUCGAUCAGGUGUUGAUGAAGAAGAGAGAUCUCACUGUCAACUCAUCCCAACAUUCCAUCGCUAGCAUCACAUUAACGGCACUUUUUAUAAUUAUCGCAAAGUUUAUUAUUAAUUAA